AUGCCCAUCAAACAAUGUACCGUAUGCUCUCGCCAAUUUACAAAGACUGAGCAUUGGAAACGCCAUGAGAGAAGUCAUACGAAAGAACGCCCCUAUGAGUGUGUUGUGUGCCAAAAGCGCUUCUCACGAAGUGACGUCCUAAGCCGGCAUGCAAAAGGCCACAACCAAGAAACUAAACCAAAGGAUGUCGCAAAGAACCAAAGCGAUGUUACAACUCCAACACCACCACUGCCUACGACAGGACCAUUGGACUUUUUAGCAAAUGUAUCUGCUCAGCAUGGCCGAGUCGAUUCCAAUAUCCACCCUAUGCUGCUUGAUGAACCACAGCCUUACUUCGGCUGGAACGAAGUGACGCCUGCUGAGCAAGCUGCUCAGCGAAAUGGUACUGAGAUGCUGCAGCUAUGGCUCGAGCCGCAAACCGAUAUAGGCUCGAAUCAUGGAUCAAUGGAUCUGGGUAAUCUCUCGUUUGCAGACACCAUAACCAUGUCUACCGACCAACAUCGCCACUCGGUUGACAGUAGCAAAUCUGGGGGCGACAAUAUCCCCAGCGAGCGUUUUUCCAAGGUGCAGCGUUUUUGGCCUGUGCCUGAUCAAACCGACCGCUUAAUGAACAGUCUGUGGAAGGAUGUUGUGCAGACCCGAAGUGAUAAUAUUUUUGCUAAAGAGUCUAAUGACCUUCACAACGAAACCCAUUUUCUCCAAGGCUCACGCUAUGGAAUUGAUGAUGACUGUAGGCGUCGUCUUCAAGCAGCCUUUGCCCAGGAAGAAUUAUUCUAUCCCCAAACACACGCUGUGUCUCCUGCUACGUCGGCCACUUUUGCCUAUUCCUUCCCCCCGCGGAGAUCUUAG